AUGAUUUGCGCAAUAUGUUCAUUUUGGAGCCACACAUACGAUGGAAUUGACGGGAUACAAGCACGACGAACGUCAUCAGUUAGUCCAGUUGGUGAAUUUUUUGAUCACGCAUUGGAUGCAUGCAAGGUAUUUCCAUUCAUUAUAACAUUAUUUGCGCCCUUCAACGAGAGUAACUCCCGCAUUUCAUCCUUAUGUUCGCUAGCGUUGCUAAUUGAAAUGUUGACUGCUCACACAUUUGCUUUCUGGGAACAAUACAUCACCAAAAUUAUGUGUCUUAGGUGGUGCUUUGAAGGAUUUUACGUCUCAAAUUUAUUGCACAUAUUGGCCUACUUUGAUGGCGACAAUUUGGUAACAGCAUGUUUGUUCAAUAACUGGAAACAAAGUAUGAUCUGCUGGAUCCAGCCGAUUAUUCCAGCCCUUGAGCUGAACGUGGCUGCAUUCUUAUGGGCGCUAUUUUCACCGGGUAAAGUACUUGCCCAAGAUUUACCUACUUUCUUGUUCACCAUUGCAGUAGUUAAUGCGAAUAUAAAUAGUCGAUUAAUAGUCUCACACAUGAGUGACUCUUGCGCUCAAACGUGCAACACAGCGGUGAUGUUGUACUGUUCGGCUGCGCUGUUCUCAAUGUCGAAUAUUCUGAGUGCAGAAGGAGAAUUACUGCUGCUGAGAUCGCUGGCAGUUUUUUUGUUUGUUGCACACGUGCACUACUUCUUCAGUAUAGUACGGGAAAUGUGCAAAAAGUUGCAAAUCGAAGCUUUUUCUCUACAUUAUUUGAAGAAAAGUAACAUGAGAAAACAAGGGUAG